AAAAAAUGUAAUAGCAUCACAGCUUUUAUUUUGAAAAACUGCAACGGAAGCUAUUUUUUUCAGAAGAGGUGGAAGGAGGACGCGCUGGAGCAGGAAGACAAACUUUGCCCUGUUUGAUUUCAGAAGCUAACUAGUUUCCGGUCUUUUGGUCGGUUUAUCUUCAGAAGCCAUCAGCAAAGAUGACGCUGCAGUGGACUGCUGUGGCUCUCUUUCUCUAUGUGGAAAUUGGCGUCAUUGUCAUCCUCUGUUUACCCUUUAUCUCUGCCAGGAGAUGGCAGAGCAUUUUCCAUCUGAGGAUCUGGAGUUGGAUGUCGAGAUUCUGGAACAAAGUGUUUCUCACUAUGAUCAUAAUACUCAUUGUUCUCUUCCUCGAUGCUGUCCGUGAAGUGAGAAAGUAUUCAUCUAAAGAGCACGGCGCCGAUGCCAAGCUGCAGCCAAAUAUGUUCGACCACUUGCACAUGAAGCUUUUUAGAGCCCAGAGGAACCUGUACAUCUCUGGUUUUGCUGUCUUCCUGUGGCUCGUUAUGAAGCGACUGAUCACUCUGAUUAAUCAGCUGGCGUCAGUGUCUGGGACUACGGCUGCUCUUCAAGCACAGGCUGAGAAUGCUAACCAGACUGCUGAGAAAUACAUGAAGGACAAUGAACUGUUGAAACAGACUCUGAUGGAAGGGCGGGGUGAUAAGGCUACUGCUGAGGGCAUGGACCUGCUAAGGAAGGAAGUGGAGAAACUCAAAGAAGAAGUGAAGACUUCUGGAGAAGGUCUGAAGAAGUCCCAGUCAGAGGCAGAUGUAAUGAAGAAACAGAUGGAGGGCCUUGCCAGGGAGUAUGACAGGCUGUUGAAAGAACACCAGGAGCUCCAGAAUCUGCGAGACAGUGGAAAUAAAAAGGAAGAUUAGUUAACACAAAAGGUGAACGUAAAAGGUUGAAGUGUUUACUUAGCUCAGUCACAGACAAUUGCAACACAUGCUUUACCAUCUGUAACACCGUGUGUCAUAGUAUUUAAUCACAAAUUAGGGAGCGACUCAUCUGAGGAGCACGCUUUCGGCUGGUAGCAGCAAUGGUUUCAAAAGACUUAAACCUUUAUUAGAGCACGAGACUGGCUUAAAUGGAAUCAGUAAUAUCUGUUUCUGCCUGGUGCAGCCUGACUAAGAGGAUUUUCUUUUUCAAGGGUGCGCUAUCGGGCAGAUUAAUUGUGCAAAGCAAUUGGAGUUCAGCUAGUAAGUGACUCAGGACUGAUCACAGAGCACUUAAUAUAUCAAACAAAAUGAGUGUUUUCUGUCUCAUCUGUUUUUGCCACUUUGCACAAGAUAUGGGGAAAGUUGAGGCAAUCUAUAAAUGUGGUAAAUGGUUACAAAAGUAUUUUUAUGCUAAAGGUUUUCUCUUCUUGUUGUGCAGCCACUUGCAGCUUAACUUCAGUAUGCAAAUACAGACUGCAUGUACAGUUGCACUGAGAUAAAUGAGCUUCUCUUUUGUUUUGCAGUAUUUCAACCGAUGUGUCAGAUGUUUUUACCUGUACAGCUGUAAUGGAUGGCAAUGGUUA